CACUCCUGCGAGAAAUUCUUCUGCGCAGGGAUGAGGAUGCCCUUGGAACUAUAACGAAGUCGAGGAGUAUCACGCUCAUGACGUGGCAGGGUCAUGUGUGUAUUUAUAUGUAUUUAUAAAUAUAAUUUAUUGUCUGGUUUCUUUUCGUUUUUUGUGGAGAAGUGACGAUAUCUCAGGUCUUUGAAACCAAAUCAACCCCACCCAACAGCACGGCUUCCGCUGUGUAGAUGCUCUUUGUUAACCUCAAGGCCUCCACUAAAAACUUUUUUACACCUGAAGCGGAAUCGCAGCCCAUCCAGAGCCAUUUGUGGAAGGAGCAGAGGGGCGAUUUUCUCGACGUUCCCUGCUGCAAACAUCAACACUGCUUCGGAGUCGCUGACCCCCCUUGUGUUUCUCAACGUCAUUUUAGGGUUUCGUUUGGAUUGAAUCUGUGAGACCAUAGCUCUUCUGCCACGUUUGUCAGGGGUGAGAAUAUCAUCAGAGAGUAGAGUUGACGUUUUGAAGGUGUGAGUUGAAGGAAUUUGAGGAACAGCAGAUUUGGGUCUAGCUUAUUUGAGAGCGAGGGCAAUGGAAGGAGGGGUUUUUCGUCGCACAGGUUUGGGAAUGUGGAAUUGAGGGACACGGGUGGAAGAGAGGAGCAAGGGGGUGCAGUAGCCGGCAAGGAUGUAUGGCAGGUUGAGCACUCGGAGUGGGCCUACUGAGCAGCAUGUGGUGAGGCUGGAGCAGGUGCCCCGUUGGAUCGAGCAAGAGCCUCUCUCGCCAUCCGCGAGUCACAGUGAAAGUGAAACCUCUGACCGGGGCUUCGUUGAUCCUCUCACUACGUCGCUCGCAGGUUCUGAAAAUGGGGGAACGACUUAUGGGUCAACUUCCAAGUUUCAUGUUGAUCAUGACAUGAAUGCAAAGCUCUAUCUGUGGAGGGGUACCCCAUGGGUUUUAGAAGUUGAUGCAGUUGUCAAUUCUUCCAAUGAGAAUCUGGAUGAAGCACAUAGCACUCCUGGCUUGCACCCAGCAGCUGGACCUGGACUUGCUGAGGAGUGCGCCACUCUGGGAGGGUGUCGAACUGGAUUGGCCAAAGUCACUGGUGGCUAUGAUCUACCUGCAAGGCGUGUGAUUCAUACAGUGGGACCUAGAUAUGCAGCACGGUACCACACAGCAGCUGAGAAUGCAUUGAGUCACUGCUAUCGUUCAUGCCUGGAACUUCUUAUCGAGCAAGAACUUUCCAGCAUUGCAUUUCCCUGCAUUUACACAGAAGCCAAAGCUUAUCCAAGGGAGCCUGCUGCUCAUGUUGCGAUUCGGACCGUUAGACGUUUCUUGGAGAAGCACAAGGACAAGAUUACUGCUGUAGUCUUUUGCACAUCAAAUGCUACUGAUACAGAUAUAUAUAAAAGAUUGCUUCCAUUGUAUUUUCCAAGGGACAAUCAUGAGGAGGAGAUUGCCGCUACCAAGCUGCCAGCUGAUGUGGGAGAUGAAAACGGAGAAACAGUUAUAUCUGAACGCAAGAUCAGAAUAUCAGCAUUGCCUGGUGUGGAUGGUUUUCCGAUAUCCACACAACCCUUCUCAGGAGAUGUCACGCCUAGUUAUCGGUCAGCUGCUAUAAAAAGGAACGACUCAAUUGACGGGUUGGUUGACCCCGCCUUCAUGUCGAUGACUCGGGAUCCUGAUCAGAGACGGAAAGAGCAAUGGGAGAAAGCUGCACAAUCUCAGACAGGAUGGGCAUGGGGCAGAUGGUUAGGGCUUGGAGGCUUGGGGGCUUCUGUCCUCUCCUCCACUGAACAAGAUUCUCUUCAUGGGCGUUUUCUCGCCAGAGCAAAUGCUAUUAAUCUUACAGAAGUUGCGGAGAUGAAGAUAUUGUACCGAGGUGGAGUCGAUGUUGAUGGGCGACCAAUCAUGGUAGUCGUCGGGGCUCACUUCCUCCUCCGUUGCCUCGACUUGGAGCGUUUUGUAUUGUAUGUUGUGAAGGAAAUGGAGCCACUCAUCAAUAGACCUUACUCAAUUGUGUACUUCCAUUCAGCCGCAUCACUCUCAAUUUUUCGCUCUGGUCACAGACAACCUGAUUUCGGAUGGGUGAAGCGCCUUCAUCAGAUUUUAGGACGGAGGCACAAACAUAAUCUACAUGCAAUCUAUAUAUUGCACCCAACUCUUGGUUUAAAGGCGACGGUGAUGGCCUUGAAUUUACUGGUGGAACCUGAGGUUUGGAAGAAGGUGGUCUACGUAGAGAAGUUGUCGGAUCUCUUCAGAUAUGUUCCUCGGGAGCAAUUGACCAUUCCAGACUUUGUUUUCCAGCAUGAUAUUGAGGUUCAUGGGGGAAAAGCUUUUGGGAUUGAUCCCAGACCACGAGCCAUAGCAAAUAGAAGCCUUCUGACCUCCCGGUAGCAGUGUUUGUGAACGCUGUUUUGUAAAGCUCCUUGUGACCCUUGGUAUUUCAGCCAACUUGUCACAUAUUCCCCCUGUUCUUAUACGUAACUUGUCUGUAAUUAGGGUUGCAAAAUUAUUAUUUUAUAUCGUAGACAAGGUUGCAGGUGAAUUUCUGAAAGAAAUUCUCCGCUUGAAGGUGUUACUAUCUUACCACAAUGCAAUGGAUUUGUGAAAAUUUUCUAUUUC